AUUAUCUGAUUUGACAACCAACGCCACCAUCAUAGUCAGAGACGCCAUCAACUGCCGCCAAGAACAGCCGCGAAAGCACAAGUGUGAUAAUCCGGAUUAUCCAGAUAUAUGUAUAUGUAUAUAUAUAAUCGAGACCUCCGCUGCUAGAUCUACCACGAGCUCCCAGGUCGACCCGGCUCGCAGACAAAAAGCUAAUUCGAAAUGCGACGUACGUCCGAAGAACAGAAAAGCAAAAAUGCCGAUGUUCACGAUGAUAGUGACGAAGUGAGUGAUUCAAUGGAAGCCGACUCUGCUGACAUGGACGAAGUUGAGUCUGGGGCUUCGGAAAACGGGGUAGAAACAUCAAGUUCCUCUGCAAAGAAGCGCCAUGCACGAGGACAAGCCAAGGUGGACGAAGAGGACUACGACGAGACGGGGAAAAUGGAAAAACAGGAGAACGGAAAGUCACCGGCUAAGAGGAGGAAGAAGGAUGACAGUGACGGUCUUGAGUCCGAGCCAAAAGCCGAAAAGUCAGUGAGCAAGAAGAAGAAGGAAAACGGUCAGAAAGCCAAGGGAAAUAAAAAAUUGCCGGUGGCCAAAGGUGGGAAAAAAGAAAAAGCUGGUAAAAAAAGGGCAGAGGUGCCAGAGGUAGAUGAAGUUUCUAAGGAAGAAGAGUACGAAGUUGAGAAAGUCAUAGCUGUACGUACAAUCAAAGGUAUGCGUCAAUUUCUCGUGCGUUGGAAGGGAUACACACAAGAGGAUGAUACAUGGGAGCAGGAAAAAGAAUUGAACUGUGAAGAACUCAUUGAAGAAUUUCUGGCUGAGCAAGGUAAUGAGAAAACUGCUGAUAAAGUGGCUAAGGGAAAAAAUAAACAAGAGCCCAAGAAGAAGGGUAAAAAGAAGGCGCCUGUCAAAAAGAGCAGCGAAGGCAAGAGUGUUGCACCAGCAGUGGCUGAAGAUGAUAAUGAUGCUGAUAGUUCCAAAGAGUAUGAAGUUGGAAAAAUAAUUGACGUUCACUUUGGAAAGGAUAAGAAGCGAGAAUUUUUAAUUCGUUGGCAAGGGUUUUCCUCCAAAGAUGAUACUUGGGAGCCUGAAGACCAAUUAAAUUGUCCAGAACUUAUUGGUGAGUUUAUGAAAAAUUUAGAAAAGUUAAAAGAUCUAGAUACUCGAGAAUUAAGAGCAAACCGAGUACAUACAAAACGUUAUACUUUGACCAUGUAUGGAGAUAAAAGACAAUCACGCCGUAAUGUUAACAAAGAAAGAAAGACAUAUUACGAAUGUGACUAAUCCAGUACCAUUGUACCAUCUUGAAGAUAUAACUAAUCAUAAAGUUAAAUAUAAGUUUUAUUUUCAAAGUUGCAUAUAAAAAAAUAAUUUAACAAAGUUUAUCCAAUUAUAUCAGAUUAUAAAAUACUUGCUAUGUGCUAUAUUAUUUUUUUUUAUUGAUUUUUUUGCAUUAGUUCAAAAUCGUAUUUCAUCGAUCCUGAUGUGAUUAUUAUUAUAAAUUUGGCAUUGUUUCCUUAAAUUAUGUAUAAAACUAUUACAAAAUUAUAAAGAAAAUUAUUUAUCACCAUAUAAAAAAGUAAGAUAAUAACAGCAUUAAUAAAACACUAAGUGUUAUCAAUAAUUACGAAUUAUUGAAGUUCACUCUUACUUAUGGUAAUUAUAGUAUUUGAAUGUCAAAAAAUAGUACAUUGUAAAUAAGAAGAAUGUUUAAUAACUUAAGUGCAUGUAUAAAUGUAACUCCAAAAUUCUUAUGCAUCUCAUGUAUGUAAU